AUGUGUACAUCUGCAUAUUAUAUAUUCAUUUUUUUCUUUAUAUUUUGGGUUUCUCUCUCUCUCUCUCUCUCUCUCUCUCUCUUUAGAAAUAUCUCCAUCAUUUUUCUUUAUCUUUUUUAUUUCCUUUGUAUUUUUCAUCUCUUUUUCACUGUUUGCGUACGAUUCCACUUUUUGUUAAUCUUUCUAAAAAAGAGAACUUUUAACCAUCUUUCUAUAUUACUCCACGUUUUCUUUCUUUCUUUCUUUCUUUUUCUUUCUUUCUUUCUUUCUUUCUUUCUUUCUUUCUUUCUUUCUUUCUUUCUUUCUUUUGACUUCCUAUUUCUCUCUCUCUGUGCCUCUCUAUCACUAACUCUAUCUGUCUCUCUAGAUCUCCCUCUAUCACACUCUGUCUAUCUAUCUCUCUAUCUUACUAUCUCUCCCUCUAUCUUACUAUCUCUCUCUAUAUAUAUAUUACUAUCUCUCUUUCUCUAUCUCUUUCUACCUCUGGUUGUCUUAUAUGAAAAUCAAGUGUCCACCGAUGACGCUGAUGGUGUAGGGAAGCAUAUCUAUCCCAAUUCCUCCACAUGUACACAAUUUGAUUUGUUUGAUUUUAGUUACUUUUCUCUUUUUAUUACUUUUUCCUCAUUUUUCUUUUUCUCAUUUUUUUUCUUUCAUCAUUCAAAAGAAUUGUAA